UUUCCCGACUUCAUUCUGGGACUGCGGGCGGCGAGCGGCAGGACAGGGAAGCGGCACUUGGGUCUGCGGAGCAUUGUGUCGUCGGGAGCCUUUCUGCUGUUUCUGGAGGAGAAUUGCCGGAGUAUAAACCGCGAAGGACACACAGGCAGUGACCUGUGCAGCCGCCGUGUGCAAUGGAGGAUGGGAAGCCAGUGUGGGCACCUCACCCGACAGACGGGUUCCAGCUGGGCACCAUUGUGGACAUCGGAGCCGACACCUUGACCAUAGAACCGCUCCAUCAAAAGGGAAAGACCAUCUUGGCUCCCAUCAGCCAAGUUUUUCCUGCCGAGGACGAUGUCAACAAGCACGUCGAAGAUAAUUGUUCCCUUAUGUACUUGAAUGAAGCAACGCUCCUAAACAAUGUCCGCGUUCGGUACAGUAAAGACAAAAUAUACACAUUCGUGGCCAACAUCCUGAUCGCGGUGAACCCUUAUUACGACAUCCCCAAACUGUACUCGCCCGACACCAUGAAGGAGUACCAGGGCAGGUCUCUGGGCACCCUGCCGCCCCACGUCUAUGCAGUCGCGGAUAAGGCCUACCGGGAUAUGAAAUUGCUCAAAAUGAGCCAGUCGAUCAUCGUUUCGGGUGAAUCUGGUGCGGGGAAGACGGAAAACACCAAGUUUGUUCUCAGGUAUUUAACAACGUCAUACGGAACAGGUCAAGAUAUCGAUGAGAGAAUUGUUGAAGCAAACCCCCUGCUCGAGGCGUUCGGAAACGCGAAGACGGUCCGAAAUAACAACAGCAGUCGCUUUGGGAAGUUCGUAGAAAUUCAUUUUAACGAGAAGAACACGGUGGUGGGCGGCUUUGUGUCCCACUACCUGCUGGAAAAGUCCCGUAUCUGCAUGCAGAGCAAGGAGGAGAGGAAUUACCACAUCUUUUACCGUCUGUGCGCCGGGGCCUCGGAGGACAUCCAGCAGAAGCUGCACCUCAGCUCGCCAGACAACUUCAGGUACCUGAAUCGAGGCUGCACGCAGUUCUUCGCAAAUAAGGGCUCGGAAAAAGAAAUCCCCCAGAACCGAAAGAGUCCCGAGCACCUGAAAUUCGGUGGCCUGAAGGACCCCCUGCUGGACGACCGAGGUGACUUUAACCGCAUGUGCGUGGCCAUGAAGAAGAUCGGCCUGGAUGACGCCGAGAAGCUGAACCUCUUCCGGGUGGUGGCGGGGGUCCUGCACCUGGGCAACAUCGACUUCGAGGACAUGGGGAGCAGCACGGGCGGUUGCACCCUAAAGAAUGGCUCGGGCCCGACGCUAGAGCACUGUGCCGAUCUGCUGGGCCUCGAUCAGGACGACCUGAGAGUGAGCCUCACCACCAGGGUCAUGCUCACAACAGCAGGGGGCGCCAAAGGGACUGUGAUCAAAGUCCCAUUGAAGGUGGAGCAGGCAAACAACGCCCGUGAUGCGCUGGCCAAGGCGAUCUACAGCCGCCUCUUCGACCACGUGGUCACACGGGUCAACCAGUGCUUCCCGUUUCAGACCUCUUCCCACUUCAUAGGGGUCCUGGAUAUCGCCGGUUUCGAAUACUUUGAGCACAACAGCUUCGAGCAGUUCUGCAUCAACUAUUGUAACGAGAAGCUGCAGCAGUUCUUCAACGAGCGCAUCCUCAAGGAGGAGCAGGAGCUGUACCAGAAGGAGGGGCUGGGUGUGAACGAAGUCCACUAUGUGGACAACCAGGACUGCAUAGACCUGGUGGAGGCCAAAGUCAUCGGCAUCUUGGACAUCCUGGACGAAGAGAACCGCCUGCCGCAGCCCAGCGACCAGCACUUUACCGAAGCCGUGCACGGCAAGCACAAGGACCACUUCCGUUUGACCGUCCCCAGGAAGUCCAAGCUGGCGGUGCACAGGAACCUGCGGGACGAUGAGGGCUUCAUGAUCCGACACUUUGCCGGGGCGGUUUGUUACGAAACGGCCCAGUUUGUGGAGAAGAAUAACGAUGCCCUGCACAUGUCCCUGGAGAGCCUCGUGUGCGAAUCCAAGGACACGUUCGUGCGGGAGCUCUUCGAGAACUCCAACAACUCCAAGGACUCGAAGCAGAAAGCCGGGAAGCUGAGCUUCAUCAGCGUGGGCAACAAGUUCAAGACACAGCUGAACCUCCUGCUCGACAAGCUUCGCAGCACAGGCUCUAGUUUCGUUCGCUGUGUGAAACCCAACCUGAAGAUGGUGAGCCACCAGUUUGAAGGAGCGCAGAUCCUGUCUCAGCUGCAGUGUUCAGGAAUGGUCUCUGUGCUGGACCUCAUGCAGGGGGGCUUCCCAUCAAGAGCCCCCUUCCACGAGCUCUACAACAUGUAUAAGCAAUACAUGCCUUCCAAGCUGACCCGUCUCGACCCACGCCUCUUCUGCAAGGCUUUAUUCAAAGCGCUGGGUCUCAAUGAGAAUGACUACAAAUUCGGCUUGACCAGGGUGUUCUUUCGACCCGGGAAGUUCGCCGAAUUCGAUCAGAUCAUGAAGUCAGAUCCGGAACACCUGGCCGAGCUUCUCAAGCGUGUCAACAAGUGGCUGGUGCGCAGUCGCUGGAAGAAGGUCCAGUGGUGCGCGUUGUCCGUCAUCAAGUUAAAGAACAAGAUGAAGUACCGGGCCUCUGCUUGCAUUAAGAUUCAAAAGAGCGUCCGCAUGUGGUUGUGCAGGAGGAAACACAAGCCAAGGAUCAAUGGGCUGGUGAAGGUCAGGAACCUGAAGAAACGGAUGGACAAGUUCAACGAGGUAGUCAACGGGCUGAAGGAGGGAAAGCAAGAGAUGAGCAAGCAGAUCAAAGAGCUGGAUGCCUCCAUAAGUGCUCUUAUGGCCAAGAUCAAGGCCACAGUCAUGACUCGUGAGGAGAUCGAUCGUGAGUAUAAUGGCCUGGUACAGCGCUCUGAGCAGCUGCUGGACUCCAUGCAGAAGAGGAAGCAGGAGGAGGAGGAGCGGGAGCGCCUGCGGCGGAUCCAGGAGGAGAUGGACCGCGAGAGGAGGAGGCGAGAGGAAGAGGAGCAGCGCCGUAGGCAGGAGGAAGAGGAACGCCAGCUGAAAGCUGAAAUGGAGCUGAAGAGGAAGCAGGAGGAAGAGGAGCGAAAGAAGAGGGAGGAGGAAGAAAGGAGGAUGCAGGAGGACAUGGAGCUGCAGCUGGCCGCCGAGCGAGAGGAGGAGGUUCAAAGGCAGGCCAUGCUGGAGCAGGAGCGCCGCGACCGGGAGCUGGCCAUGCGCAUCGCCCAGAGUGAAGCCGAGCUCAUCACCGAGGAUCAGGGGGACGCUGGGCUGCGCAGUAAUGACACUUCAGGUGACACACCAUCCUCAGAGAGCGCUAAGGGUGCCCUCGUACAGGCCACCAAGGCAGCUGCCGGCACAAAGAAGUACGACCUGAGCAAAUGGAAGUACGCUGAGCUGAGGGAUGCCAUCAACACAUCUUGCGACAUUGAGCUUCUGGCAGCCUGCAGGGAGGAGUUCCACAGACGCUUGAAGGUCUACCACGCAUGGAAGUCAAAGAACAAGAAGCGCAAUACCGACAGCGAACAAAGAGCCCCCAAAUCAGUCACGGAUUACGCCCAACAGAACCCUGCCCCUCCCACGCCCACCCGCCAUCAGGAGGUCACUGUGAACCGGCAACAGCGCUACUUCCGCAUCCCGUUCAUCCGGCCGGCUGACCAGUACAAGGACCCGCAGAACAAGAAGAAGGGCUGGUGGUACGCCCACUUCGACGGGCCCUGGAUUGCCCGCCAGAUGGAGCUCCACCCAGAUAAACAACCCAUCCUCCUGGUGGCAGGAAAGGAUGACAUGGAGAUGUGCGAGCUGAGCCUGGAAGAGACGGGACUGACCCGGAAGAGGGGUGCCGAGAUCCUGCCCCGGCAGUUUGAGGAGAUCUGGGAGCGCUGCGGUGGGGUGCAGUACUUGCGAACCGCCAUUGAGAAGAAGCAGGCCCGGCCCACAUACGCCACGGCCAUGCUGCAGAGUCAGCUCAAGUAGAGCAUCGCCCUGGUGAUUCCUUGACAUCAGAAAGGAAAGGAGAGAAACUCCUCUGGUAGAGUAAAGGGAGUACGUCCCUUAUCUCAUAGGGCUCCAGUCUGAAUGGUAGUGGGGAAACCAGCCGUUUUGAUGGAACUGAUUUUUGUUAAUCGUUGUCUUUUUAUUGGCAGUUUCUUCAUUAUGGUAGAGUCCCAAUUAUCCCUGCCCCAGGUAUUUUUUUGUUUUUAAUCCAUCAUUGUACAGAAUGCCUUUGAUUGGAAACAAGCAGUGUAAACUUCAAGUAAUGCUGUUCACCCCUGAAACGUCUUAACUGCCCAUUAAAAUUUGUUUAGUGAGAUUUUUUUUCCUUCACCUUUAUCAGUUCUGUGCUGAUGUGUGGCAGUGUAAUAAAUCUGGUUUAAUUUUGCUUUGCUUUAGGUUUUAUUUCUAAAAUAACUGAAAGAAUGAUUACUGCCUGGGGCUGAAAAAGAAUAAAUGAAGGCUUCUGUACCUUUCUUAUUUCAUUACUUUGCAUAUAUGUUACCAAAUGCAGCUGAUAUUACAUGUCUCCAUAUUAGCAACAUUUUUUUUUUUUUUUAUUACGCAGCCCACCACCACUGUUCUCAUUUAAACCAGAUAAUUGAGACUCUACUGUAAUUUUAUUUUGCAGUGAACCUCUUUGGAAAAGUGAGUCAGAUAGACCUGCGUGCCCUUUUUUUUUUUUUUUUUCUCAUACAAAUCUGACCUGUGCUUUGACAGCUCAGUCAUGGAAACCGAGGCCUUAAGAGACAUUUUGUAAGUUAUUCCAGAAAAUAGGUGCAGUUUCAAAGCUUCCAAAGGAACAUGGAGUGCAUCGGUUUUGAAUUGUUCAAUAAAUUUAUGUUCAAAGUUUUUGGUUUGUGAGCUCAUUGUUUGUUGAGGCAAUGAUUUUUUUUUUUUUUUUUUUUUUUCCUGCUUUAAACGGAUCUAUAAACCGUUAUCUUGAAGUGAGCAGUAGUAUGCAUUUUGCAUUGUCCAUAAAAUAAAUGCAGCUUUGACAGUUUACCAUUAAAUGUUGUGCAUAAAACAUGCACAGAAAAGCGUUUUAAUCUCAGACGAACGAAUAUGCAAGAGAAAAAUUACACGGUACUGACCACUUCAUUUAAAUAUAUAUCUUUUUACUUUUUUAAAUUAUCCAUAUAGAAACUGCUGCAAAAUUGCAAACCUGUCUAGUGCAGGUUUAAUUUCAUUGUAAUUUCUUUUUGCAUUUCG